UGUUCAUGGAGACAUCAUCUUGGUGGUACCAUCACUCCAAGAUGGUGCGCCUGAGACGUCAGUGCUGCACCCUGGCGUUUCUCUUCAAGAGUUGCAUCUUCCUUCUGGCCGUAUCCAGUGUGCUGCUUCUUCUGCAGAGCAUCUGGAGCAGUAGUAGUGUGGAGGAAAAGACGGGGGCGGGCAAGAGUGGACGGCUGAACAGCAACACCAUCAACAGCGGCGCCUUCAUCGAGCGCGAGUACCUGCCCAAAGAGAAAUUUGUGAGCCAUUCAUCAGAGUGUGAAGUUCCAAGAUUCAAUAGCAACUCUACUAUACCGCAAGAUGUGGUAUGUAAGAGAAUCUCGCCUCGACCUGGGUCAUGCCAACUGGCACAUGAACUGUACACUUCACAAAAAGUGGAAACUUGUAGCCAUCAGGAAAAACACCAACUGUGUCAAAUAAAGGGAGAAGGCAAAGAGAUGGCUGUUGAAUGUGACCAAGAAAUCUGUCCAGGACCAGUAUCCCUAGGAACUAUUAACCCGGCCAUCGGUGUCCUACACUGGGAGGAGCUGAGUGACAUGAAGGAACUCCAGGCCCACCUCCAGCACCUGCUCCUCACAGGCAAACCAGAGGCAGUCUUUGGCUUUUGCUUCAUCAAGUGUCCCUUGGAGCUACAGGAGGUCCAGGAGGGUGGACAAGGUGGGGAGAAUAUUCAGGCGUAUGAUGUCGAUGAGGAUGAGGAAGAAGGGCUUGAGGAUGGUGUGGAGAACAGUUUCCUGGCAUUUGAGAAGGACUACUUUCAAGAGGACGUUGAUGAUGAACCAUGGGCGCAACAGCUGCUAUUGCUUCCGUCUAAGCAGCAGAAAUCUCAUAGCAAAUCCCAAAGUAGCAGUCCAGGGUUGAACAUCAAUGUGAUUCUGCUAGAUUCAGUUUCACAUAGCCACUUCUAUCGAUCUCUUCCUAGAACAGUGCAUACUUUAAGAGAAAUUAAUAAGUUAAAAGCAGGCAGUGUUUUCAACUACAACUUGGUGCAGUCUGUGAAGGGUCGCACCUACGAGAACAUCCAAGUGCUGUUCUCUGGAGUCAUGUACAACCCAGAGGAGCCCUUUGGAGUACAUGACAUGCCCCCUGAUCCUGUAGGUACCAAGGUACUUCUGGAAGGGUUUAAGCACAUGGGGUAUGAAACGUUGUGGAUGGAAGAUCUCUGUUGGACUUGGGAGUGGGGAAUUGCCAAGAACUUUGUGGUGCAUUCACCAAAAGAGAUGCUGAGCUUCCGCUGGCAGAAACUUCUAGAUGCCAUGAAGGAGGGAGGAGUUGAUCAGCUGGGUUUAGCUUUAGCAAGCUGUGAGAUCUUGCACAGAAACAACCAUAAUGAUCCUUUCCAUGGUCCACCUGCCAUCUGUUACAACGGAGAAUACCAGCAUACUUACAUGCUGCAGUACCUCAAGAGUCUUCAGAAAGCUCAACAAUCUUCAAGGACUCCAUUCUUCCACUACACAGAAAUCAAUGUCGGUCACGAUGAUCUCGGCAUAAGAGUCCAGGGGCUGGACACGGCUCUUGCUGAUUAUCUCACAUUUGCAGCAUCAUUAGACAACACUAUGACCAUCCUUCUUGCAGAUCAUGGCAACGCUUACGGCUCAUUCAUUCAUAAAUCGGAGGAAGGGCGUAUCGAGAUGUUCCAUCCCUCAAUGUUUAUUAUGCUCUCAAAGAAUGCUGGACGAUUCCUCUCUCCGUCUCAGGUCCACGCCCUCGAGGUCAAUCAAGAUCGGCUGACCAGCAUCUUGGACAUACACUACAUGCUCAGGUCGCUAGCGUACCCAGGUCUCAAGACCAAAGUCGCAGAAUCCCAUCAAAACUUUGACAUCAACCCAACUGGACUUCUGCAGGAGGUUUCCAUGAACAGGACCUGCGAUCACAUCCCACGUAUCCAACCCAACAUCUGCAUCUGUGAGGAUUAUGACUCCAGGGUCUCCAACGACAGCAGUAGAGUGAUCUUUGCAGAGUUCGCGCUUGGGGAGCUGAAUAAUGCAAUCCAGAACCAGUUUGUAGAGGCGCACCCUGAAGCCAGGAGAGGGUUUGGAAGAUGUCAGCCUCUCCAAGCUCUUAGGUUUACGAAUGUGCGCGAGAACUUUCAUGGGGACGAUACAAUAGUCAUCAAGUUGGAUCUUCAUAUAAAAGCUGGGGAGAAUGCGUCCCAAACCGAGGAGAUCUUCUUUGUCACUCUAAUGGCUUCGACCAACACUCAGCCGAGAGAACAGCUCCGUCUCAUCAGCUACGACCGCCUCACUGCCUACAGUCAGUAUGGCGCGUGUGCAGACAAGGGCGUAGCCACCAAACUCUGUGUCUGCUCCCUUGCUAGAUUGGAUGCUGCUGCCAAGAAGGCCACCGAGUACGGCUCUACCCCAAAAUGGCACGAGAUCUCGUCAUUUUUCAGCGCGUACACUUCAACCGUGAAAGAAGUGACAUCGUGCCUGUAUCUUUACGAGAGGCGUACACCAAACGGUGUUGUGUUAGAAGCGUCCUGCGAGUGCAGUGAUAGGCUAUACUUAGUGGAGAUCAACGCUAAGUCGCAGAACAUCAUCGUGUCCAAAGAGUUGCCUGUUAGCAUAGUCCUGAAACCAGGCAUGAGGACGUUCUUGGUAGCAUUUGUGCAGAGCAUUCGGAGAAAGACAUGGUCAUUGGAAUACAGUAUGCAGUAUACAGAACAUCGUCUAGUCUGAUUAAGUACUCUUAAUUACAUUAUAUGUAAGUAAAUAUUUCAGUAUCCUUCUAAAUAAAUCAUUUUUUUAGGAUAAUAUGAUUAUGAUUAUACAUUACUGGUUCAGCUGAGAAUUAAAGAGAAUUUGAGUUCUGGUAUGAGGGAGAAAUUGGAUGAUCAGCAUUCUAUAAAAUUGUUUGUUUCAUGUGAAAGAAUUCCUGUUUGUGUUUUAUUUGGUAUGCCUCAAAACAAUGUGGAUUAAGCAUAGUUACACCUGUGAUUUCAGAAUCUUUGAGUGACCUGGCUGAGCAUACACUUCAAAUGACAGAACAAGAUUUAAACAUAUUUAUUCACUCAAGAUCUAUUUAAAAUCUGGACAUAGCAUGAAAAUAUUGUGUACAUACAUUUAGUCUUGUUUCAAUGUAUUCAACAUUCCCAGAACUCAAUCUUGACCUUUAACUGGUGUGACAAUCAAUUAUGUAUAUAUUUAAUUGUAAAAGACUAUCAAACUGCUGAAUAAUUCUUUGUAAAUUCUCAUGCCAUGACACUUCCCUCCAUAUGAAUAUAUCGUCUACAUUGGGCAUUGCACCUGAGGCUGGGCAGUAUAAUUAGUGAUGUAGAUUUGUCAUGAAUUGGUUAUCAGGGCCAUUUUUCACUCUAUUGUGAAAAUUGCAUAUAUAUUGCACAAACUUCAAGUUUUUUUUUUAAUUUUUUUCUCCAAGAACAACAGUAUUUUAAAAUGGUACAUGAAUAGAAUUUUGUGCCAUAAAACUAUUAUAGAAAUUAUACCUGCAGAAACUCAAGAAAUGUACAAGUACCAGAGAAUCAAAUUUGCUGGCAUAUUUAUAUCAUGUUACUGUUUGAGUGUAGUAUCUGCCACUUAAAGGCACCUGCAUAGCUCAAGGGCCCUUGGGAAGAGCACUACCAAUAUUGAGGGUACCCUAGUUGAAUAAAUCAUUAUUUUUAUGAUUAUGAUUCCUAUUUUUACACAACAUACGUACGUGUACAUGUAUUAUUAGUUUUAUCACUGUGUUAACACUAAGAAAUAUGUUCAUAUAUUAAGAGCAAAUUGAAAGAUGUCCAAUCUCAAUUUCAAUUUCACUAUUCGUUAUUAAAAUGUUAAAAAACAUAGUGAUUUUAGUGCUGGAAUUUUAAAAUCCAACUAUUUGUUUGUGUCUCUGAACCUCAUUUGAGUAUACUCAAACUUGUAUUUAUAAAUUUUGAAAGAAGAUGAUUUCAAUGACUUUUUUUUUCUUUCAAGUAGGAGCAUAGAAUACUGUAGUAAUCCAGCAUCAGCAAUUGCCAGUUGAGAAAGAAAUUUGUAACAGGAAGCCAGUAGAUAUCUCAGCUUUCAAAGAAAAAAUUGAAAAGACGAAAACAAUGAAUAGCAAAUGGACAAGUUUUAGCUAACGGUUUAAUUGUUUACAGUUAUUUUGAAAACAAUGUCUCAUGAUUUUUGCUUGGCUUUUUUACUGCGUACGAUUCUCUUAUGACGUAUACUAAAAAUGAAAAGGUAUGGUAUUCAGUACUAAAUGAAAAAUACUCUACUUAAAAAUUAUUUUGUUACAUUUAUUUAUUAACAUAUUAUGUGAUAUAGACAGAGUUUUGCUCAUGACAUUUUUGUGGUAUCACUGAAACUAAUGUUAGCAGAUUCUGCUACUUAAAUUACAUGUAGAUUCUGUUACUUGGAAUUAUUGGGCGAUUCCAAACAGAUAGUUAAGACAUUAGUACUAAUGAUUAUUCUAUGUAGAUGUUAGUUAUACUUUU